AUGAUUUGCCGCAUGUCGGGAACGUCGGAGAUGCCUUGCAACCUUCCGGAUCCUGGAUUGGCUUGGUUGAGAAGCCAGGAACACUUUUCUAGCUGGGGUCUAUGAAUUUGAAAUUUCACGAUGGAAAGGUGAGAAGUUUAAUUCGAAAAAGGUUGCCUUGCGAUUUAGGCAUUCAUACAGAAAAGUGGUAGUUUUUCCCGUGUUUAAGUUAUCAAACUUCUAAAAAUUUUUUUCUUUUUUUCUUAGAACAUUUUUUUCGAGUAACUGUGGGGGAACGGAAAUUGAGUUCUGAACAUUGGGAAAAAUUUCUUGAUUCCAUUUCAUUAUUGAAACUUAAGUUUUUUUCGAAUUUCUUUCUGUGAAACUGGUUUUUCAGGAUGAGUUAAGUUUAGUACAUAACAAUAAUUUUUGAUAUUUCAUAGAAGCAGGACAAAUUUUCUAAGUUGAGCUUUAAAAAUCGUGUCAGACGGUUCUGAUUUAUUUUUUCAUAUCCUGCUCGAUGAAGUUCCAAAACGAAAAAACGCUUUUGAAAAAAAGAGACGUGAAUCAAAUUCAGAGAAGAAGAAGUGAAUCCUUGAAAGUAUUGCAUUUUUUUCUAGCUCCUAAUAGUCUGUUCGAAAGGCUAUAAAAACGAAAGCAUUGUUUUUCGCCAGUUCAAAAAAAUAUGCGUUUAACAUCACCAGCACACGUGAGAAAUAAAACUUAGUUGUCAGCAAAUUUUUCAAAAAAAGAAAGUUGGGCAAGAGAUAAAAGAUUGAGAAGAAGUGAAGGUACGAAGUGCAAGAAGGGUUCGAUUACAAAAGCUCGACGACGUCGUACACUCGCAAAGCCUGCGGUCGAGUUUCGAAUUUCCAACCGAGCCCGGGCCGAAAUAUAAAAGCGACGGACACCUGCUUUGCAUUUCGACGAUCUUCGGGGACUCUUUUCUGA